UUUAUCAUUCAAUUGUUAAGAAACAAUUUAUUGCUCUGUCGACGAAGAAGUUGUUAGUUAAUGGUCGUCAGUCGAUACCAUGUACUAAGUUUAUACAGAGUCGCCACUAUGUUAAAUCGGGGUCACAAGAUAAAUUGAUAAUUUUUGACACAACUUUACGCGACGGUGAGCAGUCACCUGGUGUCACCUUGUCGGUGGAAGAGAAGCUUGAAAUCGCGCGACGUCUUUCAAAUCUUGGAGUUGACGUGAUUGAAGCAGGUUUUCCUAUUGCCUCCCGGGGUGACUUUGAAGCGGUUUCACGUAUUGCAAAGGAAGUUGGCCCUUUGAUGCAUGGUCGAGAAAAAAUCGGCAAGCCUAUGGUCAUCGCUGGUCUUUCACGUGCCACUGAAAAAGACAUUAAACGUUGUUAUGACGCUGUAUCUUCAGCACCGUUGCAUCGAAUUCAUACUUUCCUUGCUACGUCGGAUAUACAUCUUAAUCAUAAACUAAAGAUAGAUCGUAAUGAAUGUAUAAGACGUGCUGCUUCAGCAGUUGCAUAUGCAAAAAGUCUUUGUGAUGAUGUAGAAUUUAGUUCUGAAGACUCUGGAAGAAGUGAUAGAGACUUUUUAUGCCAGGUCCUGGGUAAAGUUAUCGAGGCUGGAGCAACUACCUUAAAUAUUCCAGAUACUGUUGGUUACACUACUCCAGACGAAUAUGGUGCAUUAAUUAAAUAUUUAAUUGAAAAUACACCUGGAAGUCAUAAAGUAAUUUGGUCUACACAUUGUCAUAAUGAUUUGGGUCUUGCUACUGCGAAUACAUUGUCUGGAAUUCACAAUGGCGCUAGACAGGUCGAAGUGACUGUUAAUGGAAUUGGCGAACGUGCCGGUAAUACAUCUCUUGAAGAAGUGGUAAUGAAUAUCCAUACUCAUCCCUCAACAUAUCCGGUGCAUCACACCAUAAAUACCCAACUUAUUUACAGUACAUCUACAUUAGUUUCAUCUCUUUCUGGGAUGGUGGUACAACCAAAUAAGGCAAUUGUUGGUGCUAACGCAUUUCUUCAUGAAUCUGGUAUCCAUCAGGAUGGUGUAUUAAAGCAUAAACAAACCUACGAGAUUAUUAGCCCUGAAGACGUGGGUGUCUUCAAUGUGAAUCUGGUGUUGGGAAAACUUUCAGGGCGCAACGCUUUUCGCUCUCGCCUUGAACAACUUGGCUAUUUUAAUAUGGAUGAUGCUGAUUUUGACAAAGCUUUUGAUCGAUUUAAGGCUUUGGCAGACACUAAAAAACGCGUCACAGAUCAUGAUCUUUUGGCUUUGAUAUCUGAUCAAGUUUCUUCUGGAAGAGAUCCUGAAUUAUUCAAUUUGCAAUCAAUUCAAGUUGUUUCCGGGACUCAUGAGAUGGCCACUGCGACAAUCAAACUCUUCGAUUCUUCCCAAAACAAAGAACUCAUGGAUGCAGCUAUAGGACGAAGUGGUCCUAUAAUGGCUGUAUUUGGUGCAAUUCAACGAUUGGUGCAACGUAAAAUUCGCUUGUUACACUAUGAAGUUCGUGCUGUUUCCGAGGGGAUGGACGCUUUGGGAAAAGUCGUCGUAAAAAUUACUGAGGAUAUUGAUUCUUCAGGCUUCGAAACCGAUUCAAAUUCGCAUAAACAUACUAUUGAUGGUGUAGUUAAACCCAUGAUUGAUUCAAAAGGGGAAACAAAAUUAUCUAAGAAUACAUAUCAUGGCCACGGUACGGAUAUCGAUGUUGUCACGGCAAGCGCAAAGGCUUAUGUAAACGCAAUCAAUAGGAUGUUUGCAAGUGAGAUUAACGGAGCAAAACAGAGGAGUUCUUUGGAAGAUAGAAAGGCAAAUAUAUAA